UUCGUGGGCACCCCCCAACCCUCUACUUUCUCUAAGCUCCUCCCUUCUUGUCUUUUGAUAAUUCAGCCCCAAAUAAAGAAAAACAUUCAGGAGAUCAGAUCCAAAGUGGCUAAUCUGUCAAACCCCAAUAACCUCCAUAUAUGCAUAACAUAUCUUGAUCAGUCAAUCCAUCCAUCAAUCAAAUCAAAUCAAUCCAAUCAUCUCUCCCAAAUUAACACCACCACCACCACCACCAACAAGGAAUUUCAAAGAAGAAGAUGUCCUCAUCAUCCGCCGCUUUUGUUCCGCAGCACCACCACCAUCUCCCCCCCUCCGAGAAGCUCUGCUACGUCCACUGCACCUACUGCAACACCGUCCUCGCGGUCGGCGUGCCCUGCACCAGCCUCUUCAAGACCGUCACCGUGCGAUGCGGGAACUGCUCCAACCUCCUCUCCGUCACCGUCGACAUGCGCAGCCUCCUCCUCCCCCCGCCCUCCAAUCACCUCCAUCUCGCCCACUCUUUCUUCCCCCCUCAGAAUCUCCUCGAGGAGAUCCGAAGCUCGCCUUCCGCUCUGCUGCCGAAUCACAAUGAGCCAUUUUUCCCGAUUCACGACCUCCCCAAGCCUCCAGUAGCUAACAGACCCCCGGAGAAAAGACAGAGAGUGCCAUCUGCUUACAACCGGUUCAUCAAGGACGAGAUCCAACGUAUUAAAGCUGGAAACCCUGAUAUUAGCCACAGAGAGGCGUUCAGUGCCGCUGCCAAAAAUUGGGCCCACUUUCCUCAUAUUCACUUUGGACUGAUGCCAGAUCAACCCGUGAAGAAGCAAAAUGUGUGCCAACAGGAAGGGGAGGAUGUUUUGAUGAAAGAUGGGUUUCUUUCUACUGCUGCAAACGUGGGCGUGUCUCCCUACUAGCUUAUACUACUAUAACAUAAAUCAAUCAAUCAAUGCACCUUUCUUUUCCAUAUCAUUUUUUCUAUGUCAUUCACAAACGCUGUUUAAUUAGCUUCAGCUUUCUUUGGUGCAUAGGGAGAGGAUUUUGAUGUACUAAUCCUAAUAGUUACUAUUAAACUCUUCCAAAUUGGUAUUUCAUUUUA